AAUUUUUGAUACAUCUGACUUGGCAUGUCAUGAUAUGACAGGUGUGUAAAUAAUUGUCGAGUUCACUAACAAUCGCAAGCAUUUUUGUUAAUUAAAUAUUUUAAAAACCUGGUAAUUAAAAUUUAUGCUGUGAAGGAAAAUAAAAAUGGCUGAAGAAGUUGAAAAAAGGAUUGAAGAUGCUGAUGAAAAGAAAGUGGAGUUGACGAAGGAGCAGCAGAUGUUUUUAGCAGAAUGCGAAGAAGAGUUUAAAUUUUUGUAUACUGAUGAUGAUCCUGAGUAUGUAAAAAGUAAGAAAUUGCGUGAUGUGGAACGAAGAGAACCGCCAAUUGUUGAUCCCUGGUAUUGCAAGCAGCCGAGAAAUUCACGCGGGAAUUACAGGCACAAAGAUUUCCGUGGAAUGAAGGAUCGAGAUCGUGGGGACAGGAUUGAUAAGCAUGGAGGCAGACAUCACAUGUAUCAAAGGAACUCACGUCCUUAUUAAUUUAUCAUUUUUUUUUUAUAUUUGAAUUUUGUAAUGAAUUUCGCAACCGCGUGUUGCUUUAAAUUGUAAAUGAUAAUCAAGAUAAUUACAGAAAGUUGGCGGACAUCUGACAAUUUUUUUUUAAAAAUUUAAAAAUAGGUUUUUAGCAAAUUCUAAAAGUACAUGCAUUUUUUUUAUUUUAUCAUUUUAUUUGUUUACUUUUUUCUAUAUGUAAUUCAAAAAUUGUCUCAUGUCUGCUACUUUUACACUUAUAUUAUGAUACCGGAGUUAGCUGAUGCCUAAUAAUUAGGAUUUUUUAAAAAACGACAAAUUAUAUAAAAAAAAAUUGCAGAGUUUUUUAAAUUUUCUACAUGUGCAUUUUUUUAUUUUUUUUUUUACUCGACUUGUUGAAAAAAAAAAUCCGAAAAUUGUUAAUUGUCUGUUAACCAGGAUUAUUAUUAUUUUGUAAUUUGAAUUUGC